AUGAACCCAUCUCGCACACUUGUCACCCUCCCUUUUCUCUCCCUACUCCCUCUUUUCCCUCCCUCCAAUAAUCGCCUUCCUUCCCCCAACUUAUACCCCUUCCCUGCUUCCCCCCAUCCCCUGCCCUGCUUCCCCCCAUCCUCUUCAUUCUUUCCCCGUAUCCCCAGCCCUGCUUCCCCCCAUCCCCUUCCCUGCUUCCCCCCAUCUCCUUCCCUUCUUCCCCCCAUCUCCGUCCCUGCUUCCCCCCAUCCCCCUCCCUGCUUCCCCCCAUACCCCUUCCCUGCUUCCCCCCAUCCCCUUCCCUGCUUCCCCCCAUCCCCUUCCCUGCUUCCCCCCAUCCCCUUCCCUGCUCCCCCCCAUCUGCAUCCCUGCUUCGCCCCAUACCCCUCCCUGCUUCCCCCCAUCCCCCUCUCUGCUUCCCCCAUACCCCUCCCUGCUUCCCCCUAUCCCCUUCCCUGUUCCCCCCCAUCCCCUUCCCUGCUUCCCCCCCAUCCCCCUCCCUGCUUCCCCCCAUCCCCUUCCCUGCUCCCCCCCAUCCCCUUCCCUGCUCCCCCCCAUUCCCUUCCCUGCUUCCCUCAUCCCCUGCCCUGCUUCCCCAUGAACCCUGCCCUGCUUCCCCCAAUCCCCUUCCCUGCUUCCCCCCAUCUCCUUCCCUUCUUCCCCCCAUCUCCGUCCCUGCUUCCCCCCAUCCCCCUCCCUGCUUCCCCCCAUACCCCUCCCUGCUUCCCCCCAUCCCCCUCUCUGCUUCCCCCCAUACCCCUCCCUGCUUCCCCCCAUCCCCUUCCCUGUUCCCCCCCAUCCCCUUCCCUGCUCCCCCCCAUCUCCCUCCCUGCUUCCCCCCAUCCCCUUCCCUGUUCCCCCCCAUCCCCUUCCCUGCUUCCCCCCCAUCCCCCUCCCUGCUUCCCCCCAUCCCCUUCCCUGUUCCCCCCCAUCCCCUUCCCUGCUUCCCCCCCAUCCCCCUCCCUGCUUCCCCCCAUCCCCUUCCCUGUUCCCCCCAUCCUCUUCCCUGCUUCCCCCCAUCCCCUUCCCUGUUCCUCCCCAUCCCCUUCCCUGCUUCCCCCCAUCCCCUUCCCUGCUUCCCCCCAUCCCCUUCCCUGCUUCCCCCCAUCUCCUUCCCUGCUUCCCCCCAUCCCCUUCCCUGCUUCCCCCCAUCCCGUGUCCUUCCUAUUCAUUCUGUUCCGCUCACCCUCUCCCAUUCCGUUCUGCCGCCACCUCUCAUUCUUCCCACCCUCUCUCUCCCUCCUCCCGCACUCUCUCUCUCUCCUCGCACCCGCACUAUCUCUCUCCUUCCUCCCGCACUCUCACAAUCCUUCCCACCACCCUCAGCCCUCCUUCCCCCCCCCCUCUGCCAUGUUCCCACCUGCCCUGCCCUCCCUAUCCCUGCCUUUCCCUCCCUGCCCUGCGCUUCCUUUCCCCAUCCCUUCUCAACCCUUUCCUUCCUUUUCAUGCCUUCCCCUUCCCCCUCACUACUCACCUACCACUCUCUAG